AUGCACAGCGAGGACGGGAAGACGAAAAGAUAUUCUUCUGCAUGCCGCCGACACAGACUUCUUCAGCGUCUCAUUCUCGCUUCGCCUUUGGCCUCGCCUCACCCCCUGGACGAAGCUCGUCGCCUCCCUCCGUUCAGUGUCUGUGCUCGGCCGUCACCGCGCGGGGGCCGUACGGCGUCCUCGUCGGUCUCGUCUGAGAAAGUGCAUGGGGCGCGAGCUUCUCCAUCUUCUGCGACGUUCGCAGCUCGCGAGGAGCAGCGCCGACAAGCCCUCAAGGCGUUCAUUUCUCGCCUAGAUGAACUGUUUAACCUGCCGCACCAGCAGUGGUUGCCGAGCCGCUCUGGCCUGCCUCUUGGCGCCAAGCGCGCGCGAAGGCAGGCGCGACGGGCGUCGGAGAGGGCUGCAGCGGCCUCGUUGCGAGAGCAAGGAAGCGAGGAAGAUUCCACAGAACGCGCUCUCCCUUCGGGGGCUUCGGCGCACAUUUACAGAGCAAACGCAGCCGCGGAAAAGGCAGCUGAACGCGCUUCGGCUUCUCGACGCAGCCCCAGGGACGACGCGCUAAGUGCUCAGGAGGCGCUGCUCGCUGCAUGCAGACUCGCGGCAACGCGAGGCGACUUCCAGUGGUGUCUCCAAGGCCUGAAUCUUCUCGUCAACUUUGGUCGCCUCCGCCCAGACUGGGAAGUCUCUGAACGCCUCAUGGCCCUUGCGCUCCACUGCCGCCGACUCGACCAGGCCGAGGAGCUAUUAACUGCCUUUCCACAUUUCCUCGCCUCGCCGCCCUCGCCAGUACUUCUCUUCGCUCUCAUGGACGAAGCCUUGGCUGCAGGACGACCUCAAGAUGUUCGCCGAAUCAUAUCCACAAUGCGCGAGCAGUGGCAGGUUCCCAUUCGGCCGUCCUUCUAUGUCGCAGCAAUUCGCGCGAUGUUGCUUCUGCCUAUUUCUCCGGAUCAAAGUCUGAAAGAGGCGCAUCUGAUUGCGGAAGACGCUGCUGCGCUGGGCGUGCCUUUGCCGCCCGUGGCCCACCAGCUGCUUGUCGAACGCGCGCUCUCUCUAGUCGAGGAACGGCUGCUUCAUCGCGACUCGUGGGAAGGUGGACGCAGUGCCGCGACACACACAGACGAAACAAAAGACGACAAAGACGAAGGAGACGACAAAGAAGGAGACAACAAAGACGAAGGAGACAAAGGCAGUAGCAUGCGAGUUGGCUCUUGUUAUUCAACCGAGGAGUUGCUGACACUGGCAGGACAACUCCACAUUCGCGCGUUCGUGGACCAAGCACGAGACGCUGGACGCCGUGGCCUUCCGAGUUCGUGCUCGCGUUUCUUCUCGCCACCCUUCUCUCCGCGUUCUCCCGCGGUUGGUCCCGUGGCUGCUGAGCUGUCGAGACACUGCCUGUGGAGUCUCAGCCCCAGCGCGGCGCUUCUCGUGCAGUCAGCGUGGCUCCAGUGGGCUCUCGAGAGACACGCGGAAAGGAAACAGGCGACGGCGACAAGCCUGACCACGGGCGGCGAGCGAAACGGAGACAGUCGGCGAACGGACCACGCCGGAGAGAGCCGUUCGUCUUCGUGGCUCCACAUGAUUCGGCAAGCGUGCGCCACGAGCCUCGAAGAACUGGGGGGGAGCGCCGCCAAUUGCGGCUCCGUGCAUCGGACGCUUCCUCCGGCGUUCCUGGCAGCGCUGAUUCGUUCUCGGGAAAUGCCUCCGUCUGGUGUUCUCGACGGGGACGGGGGCGGGCACGAACGAGAAUCCGAACUCAGGAGGAGACGAACUCUUUUGAGGGAGAGGCGCGAAGCCUCCGAGGCUCUGCAUGCUCUCCAGCAUUCCGCCUUCUCCGGCAGACUGUCGCCAGUCGCCGUCCUCUCUGCGUUCCGCCGUGAGGCCGCGAGCGAGCCGAGAGCCUCCUGA